CCUUCAACGUGACCAUCCGCAGCGACCGUCGCGGCACAUGUAAAGGCACCCAUCUGGUCUACGCCUGCGUGGGCUACUGUGAGUCCAGUGCCUUUCCAUCCAGAUACUCGGUACUGGUGGCCUCCAACUUCACCCACAACAUCACUUCCACUUCACGAUGCUGCACCAUUAGCAAGGACGCCAAGGUCAAAGUUCGCCUGGACUGCCCGCAGGGUCGUCACCAUGACGAAAUAGAGAUCCUGACAGCGAAGGCGUGUCGCUGUGACAUGUGCCGCAAAUCACGCUAUUGAUACACAAUGAUAUUAUACUGCAUACUAAUGUUAACCACAAUGAGAAACCAGGUUACAGCGUAGGCAGUAAAAUACUGACAACUUUUCUUUUUCUGUCCAUUUUGGCUUGUUUGAACAAAAUUAACUUUAACUGACAUUGUAGUAUGGUACUUUCAUAGCAGGGCCUCCUUCACUAAAGUGGACCUAUUAUGCUUUCCCUUAAUUUUGUGAAAUAUAUAUACUUUGCUUUAGUGGUGGACGCUCAUAUUAAUUAAACUCAUCCUUAAUAUGGUCAUCAGAAGCACAGAGUUUUGGCUAUAAACAUAUAUAUAGUUUACAUAUAUAGCACACAAUUCAAAUCUUUUGUUUAAGACAGACAGCCAAUCAGAACAAAGUGAGCCUGAGGUGAGGGGGAGGAGCUAAAACGACUUAUUUCUGACAGCGGAAGAGCUGAGGGGCUGCACCAAGGCUCAGUAUUAGAUAAUUAAAGAUUAAUCUGAUAUGUGAUUCAUGCAAAGCUACUCUAGUAAAGUCCAAGAUCGAAAAUGAGCAUAACAGGAAAUGAAAUAACAAAAGAUCCAAAAUAGAAAAGCUCCCGGCAGUACUAAACGUACU